ACGAAGUGUAUAUGACGCUCAGUUCAGCCCUUUGUUAAUGUUUUCAUGUGCGACUGUGUGUAUUAGACAGUCAUAACGACGCGAGUACAGUGCCAUUUAAAGACAAAAACAGCUGAAGCGAAUUUAGCGGUUUAAUUAUCAGCCACGUAUUUUCUGUCCUGCGUGUUUCAAGCUCAGGCGCGCGACCGCAUAACGCGUACGAACGUUGGAGGAGCGCUCGUGUGUUCUUGUCUCUGACCAGCAGGUGUUUGCUUUUGCUGUGUUUGACAGCCAUCCAGAGUGGUCAGGCUGCAGUACAGGUAAGAGUAAUUUACUUUACAUCAGUUUAUACACCAACAACAACUUGUCCAGGAAGUCAGCUGAGAGGAUGUGAUAUGUGAAAUCUCAAAAGCUGUAUUUUGAAAAUAACAUUAUUCAUAUAUUUGAUUGACUAGCUAAUAUAAAUGUUUUAUUUUUUAUAUGUGUUACAACUUUGUCCAGCAUCCAUCUAUUGUGAGCAGUCAGUGUCCACUUGAGGAAUUGCUAUAUGUUUUUUUUGUUUUUGUUUUUUUUGUUGUUGUUUUUUGUUUGUUUGUUUUUUGCAUUUAAAAACAUCACUAUAGCAUCUGGCCCACUCAUGUCUUGUCAGCUGGUGGUAUUUCCCCUUUGCCUGGGGCAGGUAAAAAGAACAUGGCACUGUUGAACUACUACAUAGGUCUAAACUGUGUGCCCAAUGGAUUUGAAUGUAUUGAAGCUAGUUGUUAUUGUACAAAGCCCUCCCAGUUCAGGAAUUUAAGGUAUGCUGUGCAGAGAAAUUGUUCCAAUGAGCAUGUGAUUAAUAAACCCCUUCUGAAAGGAUUAGAGGCACUUUUCUCUGAGGUACCUUGUAAUGGCUUGACAAGCGUUCCUCUCCCCCAAGUAACUGCUAGUGGCAUCCAUGCUGUUUUGAGUCUGCCCAUUCAGGAUUAUGCAGUGAGCAUGUGCCUUCCUACCACCAUGCAAAAUAUACAAAGGAACAGCAUUGUGGACUUAGGUCCCACUGACAUCUGCCAGACAGCUUUUGUCCAGCUGUGUCUGCCACUGGAGUUGUGGUAGUAAGAGAAAAGGGGUGAAGGAGAGAAGAAGAGAGAUGCUAGGCCGAGGACAUCUCACAUACAUGCAUGGAUAAGCACCAGGUGGUGGGGGUGCUCCGUCAGAUGGAGAAGUUUCUGAAAGGCCAGGAGAUGCGGUUUACAGAGGGCCUCAGGAUCAUGAAGUCAAAGCUGGCGACGCUUCAGAACUCUGUCUCUAAGUUGCCGCAAGCAGACCAGUCAGCUGCUCCCACCACCUGCCCCUCUCUGGAAGCCCCCGCUCAUGGAACCAAGUUUGGCUCAAAGUAUUUUGUAGGACAUGAGGUCCAUUUUACUUGUUCACAGGGCUACCAUCUUGUUGGUUCUGCCACUCGUGUUUGCCGGGACAAUGGCACCUGGACUGGCAUCAGUGCCAUCUGUAAAGAUAUAAGUGAGUGUGCAAGCAAUCCCUGCCAAAAUGGAGGUACCUGUGUGGAAGGUAUUAACCAGUACAAAUGCACCUGCCCACAGAGCUGGAGUGGCUCUCACUGCCAGCACCAAACCCAGACAGCCCCACCUGAGUGGAGUGUUAUGAAUGACCCAGCAUUCAGCCGCAGACCUCGCUGUGCUCAGGUGAACCGAGCCCAACACUGCAGCUGUGAUGCGGGCUUUCACAUGAGUGGCACCUCUGACAACAGUAUCUGUCAGGAUGUAAACGAGUGUGAAGUGUACCGGCUGGACCAAGGAGGAAAGCUCUGUGUCCAUGAAUGUGUGAAUGUCCCUGGCUCGUACCACUGCUCUUGCCCCAGUGGCUACAAGUUGCUCUCGGAUGGGCGGAGCUGUGAGGAUGUGGACGAGUGUUUGAGCCAGCAGCACAACUGUAGCCGCGGGACAACUUGUAUCAACACAGGGGGAAGCUUCCAGUGUGUCAGCCCAGAGUGUCCCCGUUCUCAUGGCAACAUCAGCUACGUCAGGACAUCUCCCUUUCAGUGUGAGAGAAACCCCUGCCCCAUGGAUAGCCGCUCCUGCCACCUGGCCCCUAAAACUGUGUCCUUCCACUACCUGUCUCUGCCCUCCAACACGAAGACUCCCGCCACGCUUUUCCGCAUGGCGACUGCCUCUGCCCCAGGGCGCACUGGGCCGGACAGCCUGCGCUUCGGCAUAGUGGGUGGAAACUCCCGAGGAAUCUUUGUCAUGCAGCGUUCAGACAGACAGACCGGUGAGCUCAUCCUGGUCCAGCAACUGCGAGGGCCACAGGAGAUCAGUGUUGAUGUGGACAUGUCCGAGUACAGUGAUCGCACCUUUCAGGCCAAACACGUGGCCAGGGUAAAUGUUCUGGUUUCACCUUAUAACUUUUAAAAGCCAUCUUGUGAAGGAUGGAGACAAGAGAGAGACAUAUGAAGAGGAACGAGGAAGAGUGUUUGAUGGACACUGAGUUUACUGAUCAGAAAUUCAUUUGUCUGAGGAGCUGAAGCCAGAAUGUCUUCAGUGGCCAAUUUACCAAGAGAGUGAGAGAGCGACCACAUAUAUUUAAAAGUUCUGUUAUAAAAAAAAAACAAUACAUGGCAAACACAUGAUAGAUGCUUCUUUAAAUAGUGUCAGUAUGAUCUUUAAAUGAUGUUUGACUGAGUGUCUGUUGCAUGAAUGAAAAUUAGCUAAACAAAAGCAUGAUGAAUGGGUCGGGAGGGAUGUUUCUGUUUGUGUCAUUGCUGUUGCUUUGUGUUUGUAUUAUUAUUAUGUCCAUUAUAGAUGAUGUCUGUGUAGCUCAGGGUCAGGCCCCUGGUCAGUGCUGGGUCACGUUAUGUUGAAAUGUAGUCAGUUACUGUUUACAAAUUACAUGACAAUUUUUGUAAUCAGUAAUGUAAACCAUUGGCUUACAAAAACAGUGUAAUCUAAUCUGGAUACUUUUUUGAUAACUUCAAACUCAAAUCAGAAAAUAUUGCACUUUAUGCAAAAUGUCAAAGCAACAACAUUUCGCAUUACAGUGCAAAAAAAUUAUUUUGAACAUUUGUAUUUUAUUACAAUCAUUUGUUCCUUUUAACUCACUUUAUCUGACCUGGUGAAAGUCAUUAAGAAAAACUAUUAUAAUUAUAUAAAAAUAACCCUCUUACUGAUGGUUGUGUUUUAUUAUGUUGGUCAUACACAGCAUUAAAUCAACUGUUUCAUAACCAUUUACCUUCCUUAUGGUAACUAACUUAUUGGAGAUAUUAUUUCUGGUCUUUACAUUGUAACAUACUGUAUGCAACGUUUAGCUUCCAUCAUAUACUGUAUAUUUGUUAUUUUUUGUACUAGCCUGCCUUUAGGCACCAGUCAUUAUUCUAAGGGAGCUUUUUUUUAACAUUAGAUGCAGUACUGUACCUGGGCAUAUUUCCUCUAUUACUCAUAUUCUGUAUGUUACCCAGAUAUAGUCUUGUUAUAUUGUAAUCACAGAUGAUUUGGCAAGUUUGCCAAUGCACUACAUAAUUUAUCUGGAAUUUUAAUUGUCUACAUAACUGAAAAUAAAGUCAGUCCAACAUUUCA